AGAUAAGCAACUUCCUGAGAUCAACAAGCUAGCUACAGAGCUAGCUGGUAAUACUGGUUACUGCAACUCGAAUCACUAUUCUCUGCUAGUCUUAGUUCAUUGUAGGGUUUUGUUGUUGCCCAUUCGAAGUUCUACUAUCAAGCUCAAGAUUGUGACUCUCUGGAUAGAGACUGUAUGAACUAUGAACGGCCUCUCAGUCCCAGAACUUUGCUAUCUGUUUUGCUGUCCUCCACUACCGUCAAGAAUAGCAGCCAAGCUAGCAUUUCUCCCGCCUGACCCGCCUACUUACUCUGUGGACAAGGAUCAAGAUGGAUCGUGCACUCUACACCUCACUGAUCGUUCAGAAUGGCAGUACACACACAGUGAACUCGAAGGCAUUGACAUUUUCACGACUCAAACUAGCCGACGCAACACAAUUGGAUGUAUGUACGUGAAAAACACCUCCAACCCGAAAUUCACCUUACUCUUCACACACGGUAAUGCAGUUGAUCUGGGUCAGAUGUCGAGUUUUUUCGUAGCACUCGGGUCAAGAAUAGAUUGUAAUGUGUUUGCGUUCGACUAUUCCGGCUACGGGAUAAGCACGGGGAAACCUUCAGAGAAGAACGUGUAUGCUGACGCUGAAGCGGCUUGGAGGGUUCUCAGGGACAAGUACAACGUACCUCCAAACAAGGUCAUAUUGUACGGACAGAGCAUUGGGACGGUGGCCGCUAUUGACUUGGGUACAAAGUAUGAGGUGGGCGGAGUGAUUCUCCAUUCUCCGUUAAUGUCUGGAAUGAGGGUGGCCUUCCCUGACACUCAGAGGACCUGGUUCUUUGACCCUUUCCCAAACAUUGACAAGGUGAGACGAGUGAACUCCAAGGUUCUGGUCAUCCAUGGCAGUGACGAUGAGGUCAUUGAUUUCUCCCACGGCCUGGCAAUUCACGAGGCAGCCCCGAACACAGUCGAGCCCCUCUGGGUGGAGGGGGCAGGGCAUAACGACAUCGAGCUGUACGGACAAUACAUGGAUAGAAUUAGGAGAUUCGUUAACGUUGAGAUGUUGUCGUCGUCGUCGUCUAGUUAAAUUCAGUUUCAAUUUCUAUUCUCCAUGCACUGUAUAGUGUGUAGUUAUCAAGUAUGCUAUUGCAUGUGUCUCAUCUCAUUAAUGUGUUUUUCCUUUUGUUUUUGCUUGUAAUCAGCACAAAAAAAUCUAGCUCCUUGUGUUUUAAUCACUUACACUG